AUGCCUCAUUUGAUUUUUUUUGGCCUGAGAAGGACAGAUUUUUGGUGUGCUUGGACCUUUGUAGCUUGUUUUUUUGUGCUUUGGUUUCUGUCAAAGCCUGCCAGGACCGGAGAGUAUCAGAAGCAAGGUGAAGCAGUUGGUGAGGGCACCUAUGGCACCGUUUGGAAGGGCAUCAGAUGCCUGGACAAUGCAGAAGUUGCCAUGAAGAAGGUGAUCCUCCGGCAUCAAAAAGAGGGAUUCCCAUCGACGGCGAUCCGUGAAAUCCGUGCUCUCCGAGCAUUGCAGAAUCAUCCGAAUGUGGUAAAGCUGCAUGAUGUCUAUACAGAGAUGCCUGGCACCAAUGGUGUUGGCGAUGCUUAUUUGAUUUUCGAGUAUGUACAGCAUGAUCUCACAGGCUUCAUGACCUAUCGCAAGAAGCUGAAGCUGCCAGAGGUCAAGUGCCUGGCCCGGCAACUGCUGGAUGGCCUUGACUACUGCCAUCUCCACAACUUCAUGCACCGGGACCUGAAGCCUUCCAACAUCUUGUUGACGGGGAAAGGCGACCUGAAGCUUUGUGAUUUUGGCCUCUCUCGGAGCUUUCCGGACAAAAGCAUGGGCCAAUAUUCCACGCGGGUGAUCACCCUCUGGUACAGACCGCCUGAGCUCCUUCUUGGAACGGCCAAGUAUAACUUUUCUGUGGACAUCUGGAGUGCUGGCUGCAUCAUCGGCGAGAUGAUGAACUCGACUCCCCUCUUUCCAGAUGCCUCAGAAAUCCAGGUCUUGCGAAAGAUCCGGAACCGCUGUUGUGUCUUCAACCAGGAAGAUUGGCCAGAGAACAUUCGCAAACUGCCCUACUGGGAGAAAUAUUGGCAGCAAAUCAAUCGGCCACCGGGACCAGGGGAGAAAGAUCUCUUUGCCGACCUCACCGUCAAGCACGGUCGAGAAGCGGUGGAAUUGCUGAAGGAUUGCUUGAGCUUAGAUCCUGCGAAGCGACCCGACACAGCUGGAUUGUUGACCAGCCACUGGUUCGAAGCGGACCCGCUUCCUUGUUUGCCCAGCGAGAUGAAGAUGCCUCCAGAGGGAUCAGGUAUGAAGGAGUUGGGCGUCAGAAAGAGACAAGUUCAACGAGAGGAGGCCAAAGAGGAUGAAGACAAAGUUGCUCGGGAUGGAAAGCCCCGGGCGUCGCAUGCGCAGCAAGCCGAAAGGCCAAAGAGAACUGCUCCUGAUGAAGGUCGGGAAGGUCCGGAGCCUUCACCCAAGCGGCCGCGGCCCCCUUGA